CCUCGAUAGUCUACUCUACCCCUGUCUCAAUCAUGGUCACCCUUGCCUUCUCUUAGAUCGCUACAACUUUACAACCCCACCCUUUGCCAUCAACCUCGUUGACGCCAUCCCUUGGUCAGACUCCACCGGGGAUCAUCGUCUGGCAGGAUACCCGGCAGAUCUCGAAAUGACUGCCCCCAUUGCCUUCAUCGGGAGACUUACAAGUCCGUCCCCUUCCGCCCCUUCAUCCUCCUCUUUGUCUGCCUCACCCACCUCUCCUACCUCGAGAGGCUUGGCUAGUACUUCGCUAGCCGGCCGCAGAUUGUACCUCGCAGUCGAUUGCGGUGGCACAAAAGCUGCUGCAGCUAUCUCCGUAUCCUCUGCAACGCCUGGGGGCCCACCCGUCUUUCUCUCGAGAGGACAUGGAGGUCCGGCCAACUAUACCGAUGUAGGACUCUGGAGAUUUCUCAAGAGUGUGCGGCAGGCAGUAGAGCAUGCGCUGGACAAUUCUGGCAUCGAAUGGAGGAACGAAGCUUCGACGAUGGCCGAUGAUAGAAAAGUCUCUGCAAGCCCGAACACCGUGGAUGCCGCCGAGUGCCACUCGGCUUGCUCGUCCUCGUCAUCCAGCUCACCACGGAGCACUACUUCCUGCUUGGACGACUCCGAUCGCGCCUCAUCGAGUACUUCUCCCUCAUCUCGAGUACCCUCAUUCACCUUCCCACCCAUCUUCUACGCAGCUUGGCUCGGAGUAGCCGGCGUAGACUCUCCUCAGAAUAUUGCGGUCCUCUCACCUCAUCUUGCUCAAAUGCUGUCCAUCCCAUGCCCAUCAUCAAGGCUGAUUGUUGCCAAUGACACCAGUCUAUUGGCCUCGCCCGUGAUGGAGAGGGACGGUGGAGAUGAAGAUGUCAAAGAAGGCGUCGUUGCCAUCGCAGGGACAGGAAGUAUCGUCAUGUCCUUCCGGAGUCGAAAGCAACAAAGCAAACAAGGGGACAAAAAUGGGCGCAAGGGCAACACGAUUCCGGAAGCUGUCGGCCGGGUGGGCGGAUUUGGUUGGCUCCUUGGGGACGAAGCCGGAGGCUUCAGGGUCGGAAAACAAGCCAUUCGAGCUAUACUGGAUCAGGUCGACCAAGAAAAGUUGGGUUUUGACGAUGACGAUGACGACGGGGUUGAAGACAGCGAAGGGUUUCAAGACCGCAGCUUCGACAGCGUCUCUGCGAACAACACCACCCGCGGUGGUCCCAUCCUCGAGGUGCCCUCUGAAGGACCUGCCGUGGACGCUCAGCAUCUUCUGCGCGACCGUGUUCUGGCAGAGUGGAACCUGGACAGUGUGGGAGAGCUCUUGGACGCCGUCUAUGCUGAUAGUCCGGGUACGCCAGAGCAGCGCCUUCGCGCCAGUCAACUACCAUCCCUCAGUCCUUCUCAAGCUUCAAGUGAAUACGCAAGAAGCCGAGCAGGAAGCACAGGGGCCGUGCCUGCUAGCGUAGUAUCUCAGAGAUCGACGGGGCACCUGCUCGAAGUGCCUGAGCUGACCAGCAGCAUGGAUGAAGCAAGUCUAAGCUCGGACACACAGAGCUACCCUGCAACACCUACUACUGAUAAACCACUUGAGGUUGACGUACAAGGUCUCACGGAGUCGCUCGCAACGCCUAGUGCACUCACACUGAUGAUCGAGGGUCACAAGACAUCAGCAGCUUAUGCAGAGGCCGGCGACGAUGUCUUUACAAAGGGCAUGGAGCUCGGCGCACCACUGACACCUCAGGCCCGACCAAGCUCUCGCAGCUCGAGUCACAAAUCUUUGUCUUCCACCAUGGCGGCUCGUAAGCAACGUCUGGCUGGACUAGCACCCUUAGUCUUCGAUCUGGCCUUCAACCAGGGAGAUGAGUUGAGUCUUCAGAUUCUACGCGAAGAGAUUCGAGAGCUGGCAAGUCAGAUCUCUAGACUGCUGGCUAAGCCUUCGAAGAGGUGGACUGGUGCGAAAAAUGCCGGCCUUCACGUGCCUUCUCGAAAGGACAAGGAGACACUCGUCCAGCCACACCGAAGUGUUCUGUGCCUGGGCGGGUCUUUGCUGGGCGUAUCAGGCUAUCGUCAGAUGCUGGUAGAUGAGCUCAAGUCGAGGGGAUGCGAGUUUCAGAAGGUGGUGCAUGUGGAAGACGUGGCAAGGAGGGGGUGUGAGGCUCUGGCCAAGGGCUGGGAAGGAGAAGGCAUUGAGGUCGUUGCCUGAGUCCGGCAUGGGAGAGGUGAGCUGCUGCAAUGCUCAGCAGCGCUUUAUCCCUAUCCAUGCUCGCUUACAUUGUAUCAUCUACGAAGAUUCGACAUCUUUCGUUUUUCUAUUUCGAUCUAUCUUAUCUGUACAUAUCGUCAAUCUCUCCCACUGUCGCGUGCUCAUUUGCAACUGCUUGACAUCAGUGUCC